UGCCACAGACAUCAUACGUCUGUUGGAAACUGGUAAGUGAGCUUCUUUCUUCCUCUCCUUCGCCUACUUUCACUUCAAAGCAACACACCCAUUCAGUCUGCUCGCCCGCAAUGGCAGCUUCCGCGUUGCUCAAGAGCAGAGUCCGAAGACCGUCUUAUCUGAGCAAGCUCGCCAAAGCUGAGGAUCUAAUUGACCUGUUCCCGCACAAUUCUUACAUAGGGUUUGUUUCUACCUUUCCUCGGACAUCACCUGCUGUGCUGACUCCCGCCCCAUAUGGUCUGGCUUCACGGGUGUGGGCUAUCCCAAAAAGGUCCCGACUGCAUUGGCCGAGCAUGUCGAGAAGAACAAAUUGCAGGGCAAGCUCAAAUACAACCUCUUCGUUGGAGCUUCCAGUGGAGCAGAGACGGAGAACAGAUGGGCUCGCAACAAUAUGAUUGAGCGGAGAGCUCCGCAUCAGGUGGGUAAAGAGAUCGCAAAAGGCAUCAACAAUGGCAACAUCAACUUCUUCGACAAGCACUUGUCCAUGUUUCCGGUGGACCUGAUGUAUGGCUAUUACACAAAGCACAAGGAGAACAACAGGUUGGACGUGGCCAUCGUGGAAGCUUCGGCAAUCACAGAAGAUGGCGGCAUUAUUCCUGGAGCUUCAGUGGGUGCCUCUCCUGAGAUCAUACAAAUGGCCGAUAAGAUUGUCAUUGAGGUCAAUACGGCAUCGCCAAAUCUUGAAGGCCUCCACGACAUUACCAUGACAGAUUUGCCGCCGAGGAGGAAGCCGUACCUGGUCAUGUCUCCGGAAGAUCGUAUCGGCACCCCGCACAUUCCCGUUGAUCCUGAGCGCGUUGUGGCUAUCGUGGAGUCGGAUUAUGCGGAUCAGACGCAACCCAAUGCUCCAGAGGACGACAAUUCAAAAGCUAUCGCACACCAUUUGAUCGAAUUCCUCAAGCAUGAGGUCAAUCAUGGACGACUUCCGCAGAAUCUGUUGCCCAUCCAGUCCGGAAUCGGCAACAUCGCAAAUGCGGUAGUGGGUGGGCUGGCAAGUGGAGGAGCGGAUUUCAAGAACCUGAAAGUCUGGACGGAAGUGCUUCAGGAUUCGUUCUUAGACCUCUUCGAUUCCGGAAACCUGGACUUUGCGACUGCGACCUCGAUUCGAUUUUCCCCAGACGGCUUCCACCGCUUCUACGAGCGAUACCAGGACUAUGCACCCAAGCUUCUGUUGCGAAGCCAGCAAGUGUCGAACUCGCCUGAGAUUAUCCGCAGACUGGGUGUCAUUGGCAUGAACACCCCUGUGGAGGUGGACAUUUACGCUCACGCGAAUUCCACUUGUGUCAUGGGCUCCCGUAUGCUGAACGGACUGGGUGGCAGCGCCGAUUUCCUUCGAUCAUCAAAAUACUCCAUCAUGCACACUCCUUCCACGCGACCUUCGAAGACCGAUCCCACAGGCGUCAGCUGCAUUGUACCGAUGUGCACGCACGUUGACCAGACCGAGCACGACCUCGACGUGAUUGUAACAGAGCAAGGUUUUGCAGAUGUCCGAGGCAUGUCACCCAAAGAAAGAGCUAGGGAGAUCAUCAAGAAGUGUGCACACCCUGAUUACUACCCGAUUCUCAAGGACUACUUCGACAAGGCGGAAUUUGAAUGCUUGAAAAAGGGCUGGGGACAUGAGCCGCACUUGUUGUGGAACGCUUUUGAUAUGCAUAAGCAUUUGAAUGAGCAUGGGACGAUGAAGCUGCCGAAAUGGAAGGAUUAGUUUGAAAUAAGGUGGAGUGUGUGCAAUGGGAUGUGGGACAAUAGAGGUACGCAGACCUCCCACAUGAAUCGUGGAGCGGGACAAGAAUCGGACCAGCAAACCGAAGUUACACAGAAUUCACGAUAAGUCGUUCAAAAGCUUUGCUACAACUUCUGCUGACAAGCCAAGUUUCCAUGCCAUGACUUGGCUGACUAGCGUAAGAAACCACCUUUUUCAAAACGUGUCUCAUAGAGAAGCUCAAAUUCAUGCCGAUCAUAACUUUUCCAUCGGAGCCUGUUCC